UCAAUGAUGGCGUCGAGAAAUAUCAAAGUUGCUCAAAAGGAGCGAGAACACUGUAGAUUUCGAAUCACUUUGAGUUUCGAAAUUGGAUAGUUGAAUAACCAGUGAAAUGGUCUUGAAAGUUCAUAAAUGGCCAAUAUUAUUUCUGCACAUUUUAUUUUUAUACAGUUUGCAUGCAGUGGUGUUUAAACAUGUUUUCUAAACGCGACGCUAACCUAGAUUUAUGUGGUUUGUGAAGUAACAUGGCUUGAAUAUGUGGAAUCUAAGCAUGUCAGUGCUUUUACGUUCCGUACCGUAUAGCAGGGAUUGCACGUGAGACACACCACGAUGUGGAGCGCAAUGGAGCUGCGAAAUACCAUAUAUAGUCGUACGUCUAGUUGUGCAUCAGUUUGUGAAGUUAGAUUAUUAUCUACCUACAACAACAGUUUGUCAUGAUGGUGUUGUUUGGUUACGAGUAAGUUCAAACGGUGUUCCGUAAAAUUGUUGGACGAGGUCUUCGUGUGUGGAUGUUUAUCAACAUGGAACAUACGCAGCUGAUGUUUAUUGAUGUAGCAUAUUAAAGAGUAACCAGUUUACAUAUUUACAUGAUUUAGUUUAAGUACAUAAAAUGGCUAGUUCUUCGACACCCGCUUCUACAGAAAUUGCAGAACCACUGCAUAUUCAACUCCUGAAGAAGUAUCUCGAUGUGGGGCCCUUCCUGUCGUAUGUGGAAAAAAUUUUCAAUACGCCUGUAAAUGAGAGUGACCUUUCUUCAGAUUCUGAUGCCGAAUUAUCGGAAGACUUGAAAGGAAAACUAUUUGCCUAUGGAUUCUCCACGAAAGAAGAAAGGCGUUCAGACCGUGUACGUCUGUAUAAUUUUGAAGAUGUGAGGACUGACAGAUUGUGGCUGAGAGAUAUUCUUGUGAGUGACACAUCGAGUUCUUCCGAUGAAGAUGUACCGCCAAGAGAGAGACUGCAGAGAAUGCUUAAAAUGCACGUACUUAGAAAAAAGUAUCAGAAGAAAUUCUAUGAAGAUCCACAGAACCACCAGUAUCAAUAUUAUGGCUCAGGGCUUGUGUCAAAUUAUGACAGGUUCCCUGAACAUCAGAAAUUUGUUCAGGGAACCAAGAGAAAGAGAAAGGAGAGAAAACAAGAAACAAAACCUCGGAAAAUGAGGAAAGUAACAACAAAGGAGCAGAAUGCUGCAUCUGAUGCUAAGGAUGCAAGUGUUGCAGAUGAUACAGAAUGUGAAGAUGGAUACCCAAAUGUGAAGGAGGAGGAUCCAGAUUCACUCUUUGAAAAUCCACCAUCUCUGAAGAGUACACGUGCCAAGAGAAAAUCAUAUAAAAUGGCAGAGAUCAUGACAGCGAGAAGAAAGAAAAUUUUUGCAAUGCUUGCAAAACGAGAACUUGGAAAAAUUCAACGUGCAAAAGUAAACAACCAUAAAGAAGUUCUUGCUUCAUGCAGACGAAUGGCACAUGGUUGUAUGCGUGCAUGUCGUCAGAAGGCUGUGCAGUCUCAGAAGAAUAUGAAGGAAACAGUAUGGCGAGCAAAACGCCUUACAAGGGAAAUGCAGUCGUACUGGAAGAGGUAUGAUCGUGUAGAACGUGAAGCAAGGCGUCGUCUGGAGAGAGAGGCAGAGGAACAACGUCGAUUGGAUGUAGAGUUGAUGGAAGCAAAGCGGCAGCAGCGUAAACUCAAUUUCCUUAUUACACAGACUGAAUUGUAUGCCCAUUUCAUGUCACGUAAGCUUGGCAGUGGUUCUCAGGAAGAGAGACUUCGCAUUCUUAGCCAACUUGAAGAGGAGAAGCUGCCACGACUUGCAGCAUUUGAUGAUUAUGAUGGUGAGCAAAUGAAACAGAAGGCAGAAAGAAAUGUUCGUGAAGCAGUGACAGCAGAGCGCAAUCGAUCCAAUCAGUUCUACAAGGGUACAACAAGUGAUGGAAUUGCUGGCCGUGACUUUGGGGAUGAUCUAAGCUUAAGUGAGACUGGUGUCAGUGCUGUUGAUGAACGUCCUCAACCCUCCAUUUUUAAAGGACAAUUGAAACAUUAUCAGUUGAAAGGAAUGAAUUGGAUUGCUAAUCUUUAUGAUCAAGGCAUCAAUGGUAUUUUGGCAGAUGAGAUGGGUCUGGGAAAGACUGUGCAAUCCAUUGCAUUUUUAUGUCAUGUAGCUGAGAAGUAUGACAUAUGGGGACCAUUUCUGGUUAUCUCUCCUGCAUCCACUCUACAUAACUGGCAACAAGAGAUGGCUCGGUUUGUACCAGAAUUCAAAGUGGUUCCAUAUUGGGGAAGUCCACAAGAAAGAAAGAUUCUGCGACAGUUCUGGCAUCGGAAGGAUAUGCAUACAAGAGAUGCAAGUUUUCAUGUUGUCAUCACAAGUUACCAACUUGUUAUUACUGAUCUAAAAUAUUUUAAUCGUAUAAAAUGGCAGUAUCUUGUCUUGGAUGAAGCUCAAGCUCUAAAGAGCACCAACAGCGUUCGAUGGAAGAUGCUUUUGGGGUUUACCUGUCGAAAUCGUCUUCUGCUAAGUGGAACACCAAUACAGAACAGCAUGGCUGAACUGUGGGCACUGUUGCAUUUUAUUAUGCCAACUCUGUUUGAUUCUCAUGAAGAAUUUAAUGAAUGGUUCUCUAAGGAUAUUGAAAACCAUGCUGAAAACAAGACAGGUAUUGAUGAAAAACACUUAUCACGGUUGCACAUGAUCCUGAAGCCAUUUAUGUUGCGUAGGAUCAAGAAGGAUGUAGAAAAUGAGCUCUCUGAUAAGAUUGAGGUAAUGAUGUAUUGCCCUUUGACAACUCGCCAGAAGUUGUUGUACGAUGCGCUAAAGAAAAAGAUUCGUAUUGAAGAUCUUUUGUAUUCAUCCGCCGGUUCUAGUCAGUCGUCCCAGAAUCUCACUUCGAAUUUGCUUAAUCUAGUAAUGCAGUUUCGGAAGGUCUGUAAUCACCCAGAGUUAUUUGAAAGACGUAGUGCAAAGUCUCCUUAUUUUUUUAAAUUGUCUGAUUAUUUACUACCUCGAUUGAUUUAUGAUGAUGGUAUUUUAUGUCACAGCUUCCCCAGUAAGAAGCAUAUCUUAUAUAAUCAUUUGAAUAUAUUUGCACCUCACUAUGUCCACAGUUCUCUACUAGAUGAUGAUGCUUCAGGACAGAUAAAGUGUUUCUCAUUCUCUAAUUUGGCUGGCAUUUCUCCAACAGAAAUCAGUGAUGUAGCUUUGGGAGGACUUUCAAGGGCGCUAAUGUUUCUUCCGGCAGUUUAUAAGCUUCAAGAAAAGAUUUUCUUCUGGAAUUAUUGUGGUCUCCUAGACACUUCAUUUAAGUGGCGGUAUCUGCUACUGCUACAGCCCUUGCGUGUCACAUCAGCUCCAUCUCUAUCGUGUAGUAUUGUAUUGAGUCAUUUAGUCUUUACAUCAGUUUCUAGCAUGGAAAAUACAAUAUAUUGCCACACACAGCACAUACAUACCUCUAUCCCAGAAACUCCAGAGCACAGAAUCCACCGAAGCCGUGCAGCUUUUCUCGAUAGGCAGCGAAAUACUGAUUUUAGGAAGCUUGUUGGUGGCUUAGGAGUGAUGCAACCUGAAGUAGACACAGCUGAUGCAGAUGGAGGACACAGUGAGAUGUUUGCAUGUGAUGUGUGGAUACAAGAUGAAGAGGCAGAUGAGCAAGAGCACUGGGCACUGCCUCCACAGAGUCCCGCUGAGGUAGAGGCUGAUGGUGAAGCUGAUGGGGAAAUUGAAGGAGAGCAACCAAGUUCACCAGUUUUAUCGUCUGCAGAGACUCAUUCUCCACCAUCCCAAACAGGAAAGGGACGUGGGAGUAAAGAAAGAAGCAGGGUCAAAGAAGAGGAUAAUUUCCCUGUUCUUCCUGAAUUUCCACACAGACCAAGGAAGCCACGCAUACUACCGUGUGAACCUACACGUAUGCCUCCAUUCCUGUUUUCUGGCUGUCCAAAGGCUCAUGCACCACCUCCGGAACUGUACUGUGUCAGCAGAAAAGCAGCGUGGGAACAGCAGGACUUGAUGAGGUGGUCAUCACCUGAGUCACUCAGUGGCUUGUGGGAAGAAUUGUGGGGAUCUCCAGCAGGAAUUGAGGCAACAGCACCACCUCAUGGUUGGUCACGUAUUGUACCACCAGAUGGCCGAUCACUAGUUACAGACUCAGGAAAACUGACCGUUCUAGAUGGCCUGUUGAAGAGGCUUCGUGAGCAAGGGCACAGAGUCCUCAUCUAUUCACAGAUGACUCGUAUGAUAGAUCUGCUGGAAGAGUAUGCACGCCAUCGUAAACUGACGUAUAUGAGACUUGAUGGCUCAAGCAAGAUUUCAGAGAGACGAGAUAUGGUUGCAAGUUUUCAGCAGCGUGAAGAUAUUUUUGUAUUUCUCCUCAGUACUAGGGCUGGAGGCCUGGGUAUUAAUCUUACAGCAGCAGAUACUGUUGUAUUCUAUGACAGCGAUUGGAACCCUACGAUUGAUCAACAGGCAAUGGACAGAGCUCAUCGUCUUGGACAAACAAAACAGGUGACAGUGUACCGACUGGUAUGCAAGGGCACAAUUGAGGAACGCAUGCUACAGCGUGCACGAGAAAAGAGUGAGAUACAACGGAUGGUGAUUAGUGGUGGAAAUUUCAGGCCAGAUUCUCUCAAACCAAAAGAAGUAGUAUCACUUCUGCUCGGUGAUGAAGAAAUAGAGAAGAGGUAUAGACAGCGUCAGGAAGAGAGACGAGCACGUGCUGCUGCUGAUGAUGUAGAUGGGCGGAAGAGAAAACAGAAGUUGGAUGCUGAUAUGUCAAGAAGGGAUAGUGAUACUGAAAGUGGCAGUACAGCUACUGGAAGUCUGCCGAGUAGCGUCACAGAAGGAGCCCUCGCAGGUCCCUUGGAAGAAUCAGAAGAUGGAACACGUUCUCAGAUCCUUCCACAUGAGGAAUUUCCUCCAAUACUUGGUUCCACGGGAGUGAUUCCUGGACGACCCAGGACUGGUCGCGGAGGAAGACGCGGUAGGCCAAGAGGUUCUAGGCGUGCAAUUAUUGAUGGACGACCUCUACCACAACCUGUGAAACCUCAAGUAGCCCCAGUGAAAGAAGUAGAGGUACCUGUUCCUGUUUCUGUCCCAAUGCGUCAGCCCGGGCAGGCUCCUCCAGUAGUACGCAGGGGCCCCGGUCGGCCACGACUGCGACCUUUAGGGCCGUCACAUCAAGGAGGUAGAGGAGGCAGAGGUUCCAGAGGACCUCGUGGGAGAGGUGCCUCUGGGCCACUCCCUGUACCUCUACCAUUGAGAUAUGAUCCGACAUCAACACCACCUCCGAGCCCUUUUAACUUUUAUUCUCAAACAGAAUAGUGUGUGUGUGUGUGUGUGUGUGUGUGUGUGUGUGUGUGUGUGUGUGUACACGUGCACCUGUAGCCUCUGGAGUUUGUUGUUUCACUUUGAUUCUGUUUAUUAAGAGUAUCCAUAGUGUAUUGGCUGCAGGUAGAAUAUAUGUUGCUGGCGCAUUGAAUACUGAGAUGUCUGUGCAAAGUAUUCGAUCUUUUCUGAGAUUUUCCAGCCUAAAACCUUCCUAUCUGCUACUGUUGUAUAGGCUGUCGAAGCUCUGUUUUGUUCAGAAGAAGAAAGUGGUUCUGAAGUGAUCAAGCAUCCCAGUCAAGUGUGCAGUAACCACAGGUUACAAAAAAUAGUGCAAUUGUUUUAAGACUUUCAUUUUAUAUAAGGGUGUUUAAUUCCUUCCUUUCUGUUGUUCAACUCUCUACUCGGUCACAAUUUGUACUAAUAUUUAAUAUUUGAAUGGAAUCAUGUCUAACAGUAUGAUAUACUUGUGGUAUGUAAACAAAAUGUGCAAUUUCAGUGUUGGUAGUGAGAAUCUAAUUCUCCAAAUGUGGAAUGUUCGCUCUCUUCAGUAGUUGUUUCUGUAAAAUUGUAAUAAAUGUCUUAAAUGAUGGCUCCAGA